AUGAUAGAGGACGCUGCGAAACAUGCUCCGAAAGCCAUGGUCUUUACGCAGGAAGAAUGGGAGCACAAAAUUCUAAGACUCCUCGCUUUGUCACGACUUCCUUUUCAAUUCAUUGAACAUCCAGAGUUCCAUGAACUUAUUUCUUUCGCGCACCUUGCACCACAGCGGCCUAAUAUUCCUACUGCAAAAACUAUUCGCGCCCGGUUACGAGGAUAUGUAGCGGAACAGCAACAGAGUAUGCCACGACAACUACCAGGAGACUCAAAGCUCUCACUAGCAUUAGAUUGUUGGACGUCUGCCUUUCAGCAAGCGUUUACGGCAGUAAUCGGCUACUUCCUCGACAAUAACUGGGAGUAUCGGGAGGUUUUACUUGGCUUUGAGCCUCUUUCCGGUACCCAUUCGGGUCUGAAUCUUAGUGAGGUACUAAUGAGGCUCUUUCAACAACACAACAUUACAGACCGAGUGCUCGCAAUUACCACCGAUAAUGCGUCGAAAAACAAUACCUUGGUCAACUUUAUAAAUGAGGCUAUCCAGUCACUUGAGCUAAGUGACAGCUCUACUAUUAUACGCGUUCCAUGUAUAGCACAUGUCAUCCAGCUUAGCCCAAAGGAUCUCCUUGGUCAAUUGAAAGCAAAUCCAAAAAACGAGAUGGCGGAGACAGAGUGGUCUGAAUCUCGUAACCAGUCUCUUCGUGCGGCACAGCAAAAAAGAGAGAUAAUUGACACGUUGAAUAAGAUACGCAGCCUAGCGAUUUAUAUCAACAGCAGUCCUCAGCGUCGAGAGGCCUUCUAUAACCUUCAAACAGAGGAGCCAAAACUUGUUCCUAUCCAGGAUGUUAAGACUCGCUGGAAUUCGACCUUUCUUAUGCUCCGGCGCGCAAAGCGGCUACAGUCUACCUUUGAUGAGUUCUGUGAGCAUUACGGCCAAGAGCAAUUUGCCCUUAGAGCAGAGGAAUGGCGCCAGGUUGAAUAUCUGCUUUGGAUUACACAACCAUUCUUCAAAUUUACAUCCCUUCUCUCGCAGACGAAAGAUGUGACAAUUCAUCUCGUCUUGAGCAUCUACAAUAGGCUCUUUGACCAUCUAGAAAAGUCAAUCCGGCAGCUGCAGCGAAAGAAAGUCCCUUAG